AUGACAUCGGCCCUUGAUGCUUAUAUGAAUCGAAUAACUACAGUAAUCACAGGUGAUGGACGAGUUAUUAUUGGAUUAUUAAAGGUAAAAUGGUUUUCAAUUGAAACUUAAGAAAAUAGCAAUGUGACUUUGGAAGUACAGUUGAAUAUUUCCAAAAAUAAAAGAUCCGUUUUUUACAAAGGAUGUCUGAAAUGCCCCGCCAAGACUAACCUCGAGUUAUUGGUUGGCAAAUUUUUCGUAAUAAAAUAUUUACAAAUGUUCCGGAAUUCCAAAAAUUAAGGUCACGUUAAAAAAUACAUUUUUGGAUCAAAAUAUUUUAUGUUCUUUUGUAUCAAAAAUUGGAAAAAAAUACCCAAGACUGGUGUUCUCAAAUAAUUUGCAGAAAUUUUUUUGUCUCAAGAAAAUUCGAUUUUCAAACAUUUUGUCUGAUUGUGAAAAAUAGAAACUUUUUUCUUGUGAAUUUGUUUUCAUUACAAAAAUCAAUGAAGAUUAUUUAACCUGAAAUUUAGAUUUUUUGACGAUUUCCAGAUUGUAAAUUCAUAUUUUCCAGUUGCUUCUAGCUGAAAAUCUAAAAUUACAAAUUUUUUGAUUACGAAUUGACUUUUAUUAGAGAUUUCUUGUUUCGAUUUCUAGAGUAGAAAAUAUCCAUUUUUCACCAAUAAUUGCAAUUCUCAAAACUUCCAUGAAAAUUCAAUUUUUCCCAGGGUUUCGAUCAACUCAUUAAUUUGGUUUUGGAAGACGCUCACGAGCGAAUUUAUUCCGAAACUGCCGGUGUCGAAACAGUUCCACUUGGUUUAUACAUUAUUCGAGGAGAAAAUGUGUGAGUUUUUCUAUUAGCAGAGAAAGUGCGCUCCAUCGCACUUCCUUCCAAAAUGCUUUGAAUAUCGAUUGACCUUUCCCUUUCCAUUUCCCAAUUUUGUUUAUUGUUUGUUUGUUUUUUUCUAGCGCGGUUGUUGGUGAAAUCGACGAAGAAAUCGAUAAACGCGUGGAUUUGGAGAAUGUUAAAGCAGCUCCACUUGCACCAAUUUGGAUCCCACAAUAA